GUCAAAUUCAUAUUUCAUAGUUCAUACAGUUUGGAUUUUCGAUAAAAAGCCGCAUUAUUUACAAUAUUAAAUACAGUAAAAUACAAAUUUAUUGAAAUUUUUUACAGAAAUGGCUCUUAACAAGCUAAGUAUUGAUGCUAUUAACUUAAGUGGGAAACGUGUUCUAAUGAGAGUGGAUUUUAAUGUUCCCUUAAAAGAUGGAGUCAUUACAAACAACCAACGCAUCGUUGCUGCAUUGGAUUCAGUCAAGUAUGCCUUGGAAAAGGGUGCUAAGUCGGUCGUCCUCAUGUCCCAUCUUGGACGGCCAGAUGGACAGGCGAAUCCAAAAUACACUCUUAAACCCGUUGCUGAAGAGUUAAAAAAGCUUUUAAACAGAGAUGUACAGUUCCUUCCAGACUGUGUAGGUGCUGAAGUUGAGGCUGUCUGUGCAGAUCCAUCAAUGGGCUCUAUCAUAUUAUUAGAAAAUCUGCGUUAUCAUAUUGAAGAAGAAGGCAAAGGUGUAGACGCAAGUGGCGCUAAAGUUAAAGCAGAUCCCGAAAAGGUGAAGGCAUUCAGAGCCAGCCUAAGGAAGUUAGGAGAUAUUUAUAUCAAUGAUGCAUUUGGUACUGCACACAGAGCUCAUAGCUCAAUGAUGGGUGAUGGAUUUGACCAAAGAGCAAGUGGUUUCUUGUUGAAGAAGGAAUUGCAGUACUUUGCCAAAGCAUUGCAUGAACCUGAGAGACCUUUCCUAGCAAUUUUGGGAGGGGCUAAAGUGGCUGACAAAAUUUUAUUGAUUGAGAACUUACUCGAUAAAGUGAAUGAGAUGAUUAUUGGUGGUGGAAUGGCUUACACCUUUUUAAAGGAAACAAAAGGAAUGCCUAUUGGCAACUCUUUGUAUGAUGCUGAGGGAGCUAAAAUUGUUGGAAAGUUGUUAGAGAAGGCGGCUAAGAACAAUGUGAAAGUACACUUACCUGUAGACUUUGUCACUGCUGAUAAGUUCGAUGAGAAUGCUCAGGCCGGUACAGCUGAUGUUGAUUCAGGAAUUCCAGAUGGCUGGAUGGGUCUUGACGUUGGUCCCAAGUCCAGAGAAUUAUUUGAGGAACCCAUUGCCAGGGCUAAAGUGAUUGUGUGGAAUGGACCAGCAGGCGUGUUCGAGUUUGAGAAGUUCGCGGGAGGAACCCGUGCUCUGAUGGACGCUGUUGUAAAAGCAACCAACAAUGGCACAGUCACUAUUAUCGGUGGUGGUGAUACAGCGACGUGUUGCGCCAAGUGGGGCACCGAAGACAAAGUAAGCCAUGUGUCUACUGGUGGUGGCGCCUCUCUUGAGCUCUUGGAAGGUAAAGUACUUCCCGGUGUGGCAGCCCUAAGCGACGCAUAAGCUUUCGUUUCAUUAGUAUCGCACAAUUUAGAGACGAUAAUAUUAACCGACAAUGUUACUAGUCCAAAUUAUUGUAAACUUAUAUAAUAUUUAUUAGGCUACACUACAUUACUGUAUAGAUAGGUUGUAUAACUUAUCAUACAUUUGUCAUGUGUUAGUAUGUACCUACCUAAUAUGCUGAAAUUAUUCAAAUAUGAUUUUAUUUCUUAUUGAAAAUAAGAGAUUUGCGUAAUUGUAGCAACUUAAGCGUGUGUUUGAAUAGAUGAUUUAUAAUUGUUAAGAAUAAAUGUUGUAAUCUCA